AUUAAAGUCUACAUGUAGCUGGAAUUGUCACAGCUGGAUGACGAGUGUUUAAACGACGCCUGCGUUCUUCACCAGCUUCAGCAAAGAUGUCGAUGUCUAGCAGUAACUGGGCUUCUGGAGAGUCAGCGCCGUUCAUGAGCAUGCUCAGUGAAGUGUCACGACCUGCAAGGAUCAUACGUCUACGUGACAUCUACAACCCUCCGCCUCCACCUCAGAGGAAACCGGUUGCAAUAAGACCCCCAAGUCCUCGUUCUCCUCCCCGUCCUGGCCCUCCUACUUCUGCUCUGACAGUUUGUCUUCCGCGUCAGAGUCUCUCCUGCGAACCUGAGCCGAGAGCCAUCAUGAGGCGAAGAGCACACUCUCUCCCUUCCUCAGAUAAGACCACGGCUCGCAGGUCCUCGCAAGUCCGAUUCAUCGACUGUUUGGGCCUCGAGUUGGAACGUGUAAAGUUUUUUCUGGCCGGCGAAGACCCCAAAGUUCCCGAACAUGUCAUAAACAGGUUACUAGCCAGCUCGGAGCUUGCAUCCGGAAAACAUUUAGAGCUCUCAUUGCCCUUCUUCCAACCGUUUUUCCCAGAGAACAUCAGCAUUGAGCCUGAUUUCCUGGAGCGGUUGUGUCAUCGGCGUGUUUGCCUGGAACACGUCCACUGCUCUGAACUGGGCAUCUCUGGAACAGUGCAAGUUCUCAACCUGGCUUUUGAGAAACAGGUCAUCGUUCGAUACUCGUUCACAGACUGGAAAAGCAGUGCAGAGUGUAAAGCGUGCUGGGUUUCUUCUGUGCACCGAGAUGAUGUGAAAUCAGAUGUGUUUCACUUUCGCUUACCCGUGCCACCGUUCAUCCUGAAACCAGGAGCCAGUCUGGAGUUCGCUAUCUGUUACCGCGUCCUCGGUUCUGAAUACUGGGACAACAAUGAUGAACAAAACUACAAACUGGCCUGUCAUGCUUACAAGCUAAUCGUGCCAAAGGAGUGUGAGGACAGCAUGGUGCACUUCAUCUAAAGCCUUACUCAUAAUGCGUUUUUUUUUGUUUACAGAAUUUUGUGUUAUUACUAUUUUGUACAUUUGAAUCUCAAGCUCAAGGUUAAAUCCAGCACUAUGUGCUUUUAUAUCAGGUUCUACAUUUUAAAAGAGAUUUUAAUGCGUGUCACGUUCACUCAGCUGUUUUAACCCUUCCUGUUUAUUGCAUGUUGCUGGUCUGACAUAAUGACUACGAUUUCCUUUUUUUUUUUUUAGCUAUAUCUGUUGCGUAAUAGUUUCUAGUCAUUUCCUCUCUGUGACUUCUUCGCUCAGGAAGAUUUCAGAUUAUCUCGGCUGGCACAAACGCUUCAGGAAUUUAUAUUCAAGCAUUACUCAAAGUAAAU